AUGAAAUAUUUAUUUGUAAUUUGUUUGACAAUCUUAUAUUGUUUGUCAAUUGUAAAUGGAUACGGUGAGGAGUCUGCUAAUUCACCUGGACAUCCAAAUUGGGGUGAGAGAGAAUCACAUGCUUUAUUAAAUGCAUUAAGAAUUUAUCCAAGAGGAUAUGUUAGAAGUUUUUUCGAACCAUAUAAGGGUAAAGAUAUUGGACCAAAUGUUUUGGGAAGUAAAUAUCCAUCGCAGUCACCUCUCUACUGGGACUAUACUCUUUUGUCAUCGUCGAUCUAUCACUCCAAUGAUAUGGGUACCAACAAUUGCUUUAGCCAUGACGACUGCACCGGUGGUGCAUCGUUUGGUACCAGAGUCAAGAAGUUUAUCAAUCCAAAGUGUAAUUCUUACCUCGGUGAGAAUAUCGCUGCUGGAAUGUCGAGUGGUAUCUCUGCCAACACCUUGUUGAUCUGUGAGAAGGGUGACACACCAUGCUAUCCCGACGGUACCAACGACGGUCAUCGUAGCAACAUGAUGAGUGAAAACUACGUUGGUGUCGGUAUCGGUUUGAUGCCAGGCGUCGCCAAGGGCAGCUACAACUACUAUUGGACACAGGACUUUUCGAGUUGCACAAUCGGGUUGCCAUCGGCUGGCUAUCCAGUGCACGGAGGAUCACACACCAUCAUCAACAACGAAAUCAUCUUUUUGGCAGACUUUUUCGAUAGUGUCAACGGUACCACACCCAAUCAGAAAUUGUUGAGACUCUCCAAUGGCUAUGCCUAUGAGAUGUCAGAGGAGUACUCUGAGACUGGACAACUCUUUACCGUCCGUAAUGCCAAUGUCACCGAGUGUAUGGGAUACAUCUUUGAGUUCAAAACCGAAGCAGGAACAUUCAGAUAUCCAUCCACUGGAAGUUUGCAAGUAAUCACAUCACCAACCAGCACUUGCGCAGCAUGGGUUAGCACAGAGGUUCCACCAUCGACCAACAACAUCAAUUUUGGAACAACACUUCAAUCAUCUCCAAUUCUCACCAUCUUAUUUAUCACUAUUUUGACAAUGAAAAUAUUUUCAUUUUUAAAUAGAAAGUUAUGGAAUCCAUAUUUAAGAGCUUUGGAUAGCCAUCCUCUAAUCACAAAGUCAAUCACUACUGGUGUACUCAUGGGUACCGGUGAUGUUUUAGCACAAUCGAUCGAGCACUACACCAAUGACGACAAGCACAAGAAGAAGUUUAAAUGGGAUACAAAGAGAACUCUUACGAUGACAUCGGUCGGUAUGGUGUUUUCAGGACCUUGUUUGCAUUUCUGGUACAAGACUUUAGAUCGAUUGGUAGUUGGCGAGGGUGCAAUGGUCGUUGCGAAAAAGAUAGCGUUCGAUCAGAUCGCAUUCGCACCGGUAGUGAUCUCUGCUUUCAUUUUCAUUAUGAACUCGAUCAACGGAAAGACUCCGUCACAAUCACUGACAACCAUCAAAACCGACUUGCCAUCGGCACUCAAGGCCAAUUGGUCACUUUGGCCGAUGGCUCAGAUCAUCUGUUUCUCAAUAGUACCACCCUCACUACGUGUUUUAUAUGUAUCUACAGUCAGUGUAUUUUGGAAUAUAUUUUUAUCACAACUUGGAAACAAACAUAAGAAAUGA